AUGGAUCCUCAAAGUGACCUGAAACCCAUUGUACCGCUUGCUGCAGCUGCUGCUGCUGGAAGUCUGAUGUUAUCAAAUUGUGAACAAAGCCCUUUGGGUAAGCUAAUGGAACAGUACAAUCGAUUAGCUUCAGAAAGUCGUAUUGCUUCAACGGUGGAUGAAAAAUUAUCUAAAAAAGAUUCAAGAACUACAGAAAGUGUGGUGGUAGCAGGAAGUAGUCUGAUAGAUACGAUUCCGUAUACGAAUGCCACAGCAGCAGUUUAUCCACCAUAUUCAUGGUCAGCAGCUGCAACGGCCCCAUGGUGGACAACAGAACCAACUGGAACUUGGCCUCCGCUACCAUAUUCGCCAGCAGUAGGUACUGAUACUGCUGCAGCAACUUAUUCUCCCUAUUUGGGUCCACAGUUCCAAGGACUAUUAUCUGCUACCGUAUCAGCUACGGCAUCAGCUGCGGGUCAGGUGGCAUCGAUAUCUAAUCAACAUUCUAUUUCUACCGGUAAUCCACUAUCAAAGAUCUCUAGCAGUUCAACAACACAUGCAGGAGGCGGCAAAUUACCUACUCGAUCCAACUGUGAAUGUCCAAACUGUCAGGAGGCCGAAAGAUUGGGUAUUGCAAAUAUUCCGGCAAAAAUGCGGGGAAUUCACAAUUGUCACGUCCCGGGAUGUGGUAAAGUGUACAGCAAAAGUUCGCAUCUGAAAGCACAUCUUCGAUGGCAUUCUGGUGAAAGACCAUUCAAGCGACGGCUCAUGGAAAACGGUUCAAACUCGCGAGGAAGUACAACACGUUGA